CUCUCACUAACACCAAAUUAGUGUUGGUAGCCUACAUCGCCUUGUGUACCCCUAGGGGAUAGAGAUCAUGCAGUGUUAUCUCAGCUUGAAUACUGGCCUUGAUCACGAGGCCGCAGUAGUAUUCCCUGGGCCUACCGUCAGUCUUUCGAAGCGAUAUUCUCCAAACCGGAAGAAAGUAUCUUGACGAUGAAGAACAUCAUUAUCGAUACUGACCCUGGGGUUGACGACGCCGUAGCGCUGCUCUACGCGUUGUCACUACCUAAAGACAUCAACUGUCUUUUGGUUUCCCUGACCUUCGGAAACGUCUCCCUGAGACAAUGCUUCUGCAAUCUCUAUACAAUCUUGGACGUUGCACACAAGCAAGGUCUGCUGGAUGGGAAAACAAUCCCAGUAGCAUGUGGACAGGACAAGCCUUUAUUUUCAAGCGAGACUGUGGAUGCUGCUCAUUUUCACGGGGGAGAUGGUCUCGGGGGCAUGCACAAAACCCAUGCCGAAUACACGCCACAAGGUUGGGAAGAUGUCUUCUCCGGUGCAAGCCAGCCAGACAGUGGCAAAGGCUUCAGUAUCCUUGACCGACCUGCAGACCAAGAGAUCCUUCACUUGCUCCAGUCUCAUGAGGAAGACAGCAUCACCAUAGUCGCCAUAGGUCCACUCAGCAACGUUGCCAAAGCUGCGAUCGCCGACCCCCAGACAUUCUCGAGAGUCGCCGAGGUUGUCGUAAUGGGCGGCUGCAUCGAUACAGUGGGCAAUGCCAAUCCCUUCGCCGAGUUCAACACCUUUGCCGACCCUGAGGGGUGCUGAUCCAUCUGUCGGGUUCAUCAUAGGAGGAACAUCCGCCGGUGGUUCAAUGACGGCUGUGCUUGCCCACCUCGCCCGAGAUGAAGGGCUUUCACCAGCCCUGACAGGCCAGUAUCUCGGCAUCCCCGGCAUUGGCCCUCCUUCAUACAUACCCGACAAGUACAGGGAGCUCUUGCUCUCCCGCGAGCAGAACAAACACGCUCCUAUGCUUCCCGCGGCGGCUAUCGACAUGUUCAUGCAAGGUUACAAACCGGACGCAUCAGACCCUUUAUACAACGUGCUAGCUGCACCCGGCGGACAUUCUCAGCUUCCCAAGACAUACUUUCAGAUCAAUGGCCUGGAUCCGCUGCGCGACGAAGCGUUGAUCUACGAGAAGAUCUUACGAGAAGAUAAC